AUGAUCGAGAUCGAGACCAAUGGCGAGACGGAAAAUGCAUUCGGCAACCCCGACCUCCUCCAGGAGAUGGCCAGCCGAUGGGACGCCCGUCAGCAGGCCGUCCAGGCAAAGCGGCAGCUAGAUGAGACACUGGGACCGCUCCCAACGAACGUUGCCUUCGCCUGCAUGGAUCCAGAGCAUGGCCGUUACCCCAAGCAGCCGUAUGUCGAGACGGCAGACGGCGAGUUUACAAUCGACCCCGAGUACGCCCGCUUUGACCCGCCGGGUACGAUCAAGAAGGGGAACUCAAGCAUGGCUGAGAACUGGAAUCGAUACGCCGGAGCAGGCUGUGAGCGGGCAAAGUGGGGAUAUACGCUCGACGACAAAGAGAGGAAGAUUUGGAAGAAGUAUGCUGGCAACCCAUCCAUCACACCCAGCACAAGCCUUCCCGGAAACAACAAACUCUCCAAGCAGAAGGGGCCAUCCGAUGGCACCUGGGCCCACUGGACGCUGCUCCAGGUUGUCUACCGACAGAAGGAGAUGAUGGGCAAAUCUGUGGCCAUUACCGCCCAGAAGCGAUACCCCAGAGCCGACCUGACGAAGUGGCCUCUCAACACGAACGGGCCAACAACCGACUCGGACUUCCUCGAGAUUUGGGAUGCGGAGACGGCGUCUCUCAUACCCCUUCUCUCAAGAAGCAGGAGAAGGGCAAGAAGGCGAAAGAAAGCCUCGAAGCAGACGGGCAAGAAGGACGCAAACGCCCACCGAUCCAUGGAAGUUGGCACAGAGCUUCUGGACGAUUUGCGCAACACUGUCGCAGGAGCCACAGCCGAAAAGUUGCUCGUUCGGUAA